UUGAAGACCAAGAUGGCAGCCUCCGUGUGUCGGUGCUACGAGCUAAUUGGCCGAAAUGCCUUCGCCCUCUGGUCCCGGCCUCUGGUCUCCUCUGUAUGGAGAGCAGAUGCUUACAGAUUACACAGGAGUCCAGCUGCAGCUGUGCAGGUGCGAUAUGCUUCAGGGCGGAAAGGAUUUCUGGGAGAGUUUGUUGAUAACCUUCGUCAGGAGCUGAAUAAGAAUCAGGAGAUGAAGGAAAACAUAAAGAAGUUCAGAGAGGAGGCCAAGAGGCUUGAGGAGUCCGAUGCCCUCCAGCAGGCCCGCAAGAAAUAUAAAUCUAUAGAGGCUGAAACAGUGAAGACCUCAGAGGUGUUAAAGAAGACUUUGGGCUCCCUAUCAGAGACCGUGAAGGAGGGCCUUGAGGGCGUGACUCGCACUGACAUCGGGAAGAAGAUCAAGGAAGGAGUGGAAGAGGCGACCAGGACGGCCAUGCACUCUGCCGAGUCCGUCUCCAAAGGAGGAGAAAAACUGGGCAAGACCAAUGCGUUCAAGGUCAUCUCACAGGGUGUGGAAACUAUGAAGAAAGAGAUCGAUGUUGGUGACGCUGGGCCUUACCGGGCUCCUUCUCAGCUGAGGAAGAGGAGUGACUUCUCAUCUAAAGGAGCAGAGAGCGACACCAGAGUGUUUGAGGCUAAUGAAGAGGAUAUGGGUGUUGUUCUCCACAAGGAUUCAAAGUGGUACCAGCAGUGGAAGGACUUCAAGGACAAUAACAUUGUCUUCAACAGAUUCUUUGAGAUGAAGAUGAAGUAUGACGAAAGUGACAAUUCCCUCAUCAGAGCAUCCAGACUUGUGACUGACAGAGUCACUGACUUUCUAGGUGGUCUUUUCUCUAAAACCGAAAUGUCAGAAGUCCUGACAGAGAUUGUGAAGGCAGACCCCAACUUUGACAAAGACUCUUUUCUUAAACAGUGCGAGAAAGAUAUCAUUCCUAACAUACUGGAGGCUAUGAUCCGUGGAGAGCUGGAUGUGUUGAAGGACUGGUGCUAUGAAGCUACGUACAGUCAGCUGGCUCAUCCUAUCCAACAGGCCAGAGCUCUGGGACUUCUCUUCCAGUCUAAAAUCCUGGACAUUGAUAACAUAGAUCUUGCCAUGGGUAAGAUGAUGGACCAGGGUCCCGUGCUGAUCAUCACCUUCCAGGCUCAGGUCGUCAUGGUGAUCCGUGGCCCCAAAGGAGAUAUUGUCGAGGGAGACCCGGAGAAGGUUAUGAGGAUGAUGUAUGUUUGGGCGUUGUGUCGUGACCAGGAAGAGCUGAACCCCAACGCAGCAUGGAGACUCCUGGACAUCUCUGCCUCCAGCACUGAGCAGGUCCUCUAAGAGGAGGAGGAGGAGGAGGAGGAGGAGGAACACAGGUGCAAAGGUUCACCUGGGACACAAAAACUGAAUGCAGAAAAUACCGAGAUGUACCUGGAAUACCUGCACAUCGUAUAUAUAUUAACUUAUGAGGGCAGAGUGAAACUCUGCUGCCAUGCCAGAAACUAUUUGCACAUGCUCCCUUUUCCCAUCGGAACCCAGAGGAUUUAUGUGCACGUGUACAUAUAUGACCACCCUCCGGCAGAAAAGUAUACAUUCAGAUAUAACGUAUUCACUUGAAUCUUUGCUUCCAGUUACGUGUUUAGUCUCUCACACUAGUUGGCUCAGUGUUUGGGCUGAUUGGUGUGGGAAUAUAAUAUCUAAACAUUCACCUGGAACACGCCAGUAGGAGCCCGCAUUUUCCAUCCUGUGGUCCAUCCAUAAGUAUUGUUUGUCAAAAUGCUACAAAAUCCCAAUGGAAAAAAGUCAGAUAUCACCUGUGUGUUUCAGAGCCUUAACCAGGAUUAAUUCUUGCCCCCACCUUUGUCAAAUGCUGGGAAGCCGAAAAUGUAGACACUGGCGUGAAGCCGUGUACACAGUGGGAGCAGAAGUCUCUGUGCUAAAACAGGAUGUAUUCAGGUUCAGUAUUAACAAAAGGUCACUUGUACUCAGAGACCAAAACACAAUCAUUAUUAGUUGUUACAGGUGUUAAAAAAGAGAAAGAGAAAAAAAGACUUGAUGAUUAAAAUUUUCCUUCAGGUCACAUUAACAUAAGCACUGUAAAAAAUAGCCGUCUUUUUUCAAUUAGACAUGUGUCACACACCAUUAACAGCGUACAACGAGCAGCAGCCAACGUACCUGAGGCAGUCAAAGCAGACUGGCUUUAAGGCAUGCUUCAUUUUAGGCCUUGAUUUCUCCUCGAUGAGACAACUACUUUCAAAAUGACCCCAAGUUUAAACAGGAGCCGUGGAGACUUUUAUCGGACAGAACUUAUGAUCAGAUGAACUGAAUUCUCUGACUUUAACAUUCAGCUGUGGUGGUUUCUGUCUUGUUUGAUGGUUUUUUACAUCUCAAACCCAUCAAAAGCUAAACAAAUGAAAAAUAAGGUGAAGAUUUAAACGUCAAACAUAGGAUGUCAAGAUUUGUUUGUUCAACUCCGUCCUGUCAUAUCUGCUGUUGUGAAAAGAGACGGUUUAUGCUUAUGUUUCUUCGCUGUGCAUUUUGAAAUAGAGCAUGCGUUGCCUCACGUUGCAGUGUGUUCAGAAUUAGGAUCACAUCUACAUAUUUAUAUAACUUCAUACCUCGUGUCCAAUGCAGAAUAUUACUUCUGAAUAAGCCGACAUGGGACCACAUCCAACUAUCCUUCAUCAGAGCAGCUUCAGUGUUUGAGGAUCAUUUGCACAACUUUCAUCUUUUUGUCUUAUUGAACUGUUUGGUUUACGUUUGUGGUAACUUGUCAAGAUGAAAACUUGAAUGAGUGUUGCACCAAUUGUAUUGUUGUGCUGUUGUUAUUAUUGACAUUCAUACUGAGUGACGACGUGGACCUCUUCCCACAUCAGUGAAGAUUGAACACGUUAUGACUGUACGAUAAUGCUGCUUCAGGUUUAUUCAGCUGAGCUCUGGAUGAAUGUCUGGAUGGCCACAAGUUCUCUGUGUAUUCUCGUGCGUUAAGAAGAAACAUUCUGCGGCUGUAUUUGUGUCACUUCUAGGGGCAACAAUGAAACGUACCAGGAGCAGCACAGUUUAAAGCUGACAGUGUCAUUUUGUCCGUAUAGAUAUUUAUGGUUCCCAACAAAUGUGUAUGUACAUUUUUUUUUUUUUUUUUUCCAUUUUUAAAUAUCAUUUGCCAAAAGCUCAAGUCUUUCUGUUUCAUUGAUCACUAAGCGUUUUGUCUGGCACCACCAUCAGGAGAAGCUUUUCACUGCUUGUAAAGCCCAAUGUGUGACACAUGUCUCUGUUUAUAUGGUUUUGCAGAUUUAGUCAUGUUUCUUUAAUAUUUACUGUAGAUGAAGUCAUAUAUGUGCCAGCCAUUAAGCUGUAAGAGCGGCAUCAAGUUAAGCCAUUAUUAUCAAAUUUAUAAAUUAAUCUUUGUAGUUAUUUAGAAUAAAGAUAAAUUCGAAUACAUUUCUAAGUUGUUUACACUAAAUGAAAACAGAUCCGGCUGUUAAACUGGGAAACGGUAUCCGGUACACGGUUUAAGAAAAGGCUUGAAAAGUGACUCACUUGCUGCCACAUUUCCCCAUGAUUAUAAGAAACUGUCUAUAGUGCAUAUACACGUCCGUACACUUUUUGUUUUUUGAGUUGACCAAAGAAAAAUAUAUUCAUGAGUUUUUAUACUCCUGUCCAGUCAUGCGGCGGCCUGCUGAAUAAAGAGUGGUGUGUUAUGA